AUGUAUUCCUCUCUACUACUGGCCGGGUCCAUGCUGGCCCUGGGCCAAGGUGCCUCCCUUCCUCUUGUUGCUAGGGAACCAACCUCGGAGACAAUUUUCAGCUGGACGAAGACGAAACCGACUAGAGACCUACAAUACCAUGACUGCGGAAAUGGUUUUCAAUGUGCACGUCUCGAGGUUCCUCUCGACUGGUCGCAGCCGACCAAGAACCUGACUGCAGCCAUCGCCAUCGUUAAGCUUCCAGCCACUGUUCCGGACGAUGAUCCGUCCUUCGGCGGUAGCGUUCUCAUCAAUCCGGGUGGCCCCGGUGGUUCCGGAAGCGACCUUGCUUUUCGAAAUGGGCAUACCUUCCAGACUGUUUUGGCGGGUGAGCGAAACUACGAGAUCAUCGGCUUUGACCCCCGCGGUAUCAACUUGACAACGCCGCAUGGUGACUGCUACAAAGGCGACGAAGUCUCUCGUACACUGGACCUUCAACGCACCAGCGGAAUAAGUCCCGUUGAUCAGGCUUUCGGCUACCACUGGGCUGCUGCUUAUGCCAAAAGCCAGCUGUGUGAGCAAGAUGGUGUGGAUAGCAUCUGGGGCCAUAUAAACACCGCGACAGUCGCUCGCGACAUGGUGGAAAUCAUUGACCGCAUUGACGAGCUGCGCUGGAAGAACUCAAACAAGACAAAACCGAAGGAUGCUGAGAAACCUAGAUUGCAGUACCUUGGUAUAUCGUUUGGCUCUUAUAUCGGCAAUGUUUUUGCUUCCAUGUUCCCGGAGCGUGUUGGGAGACUUAUGAUCGAUGCCAUUGUCGACCCUGAGGACUGGGCAACCGGGACAUUACACAACAAUAUCAACGAUGCAGAGGCCAUUGUCGACUAUUUUCACAAGAUCUGCUUCGAGUCAGGCGAAGAUUGCCCCCUUUUCAGAUCAACGGACAAAUCUGGCUCAGAUAUCAAGAACCGCACUAGUGCUUUCCUCGAAGAGUUGGAUGACUUUCCCGUAUCAUUUGCGUACGGUAACCGCACGGUUCUCAUCGGUUCACCGACGGUUCGCCAAGUCAUCUUCACCAACCUCUACAGGCCUCUGCAGCAGUUUGAGCUGCUUGCGUCGGGUCUGCACGCCUUGAUGAGCGGAAACUACAGCGCUCUCAUUGACCUCCUGUACCCGGGCCCCGAUGAGCCUGUUAGUGAUGAUGUUCCCGCAUACACCUGGGAAAACGAGGUUCUCGGGGGUGUCCUAUGCACCGAUUCAAUCGAUGAUGCACUGGACCGCAACAAAUCUUACUAUCAGGACGCCGUAGCCUUCUUCAAAAAGCAGUCUCCAACAGUCGGUGCCAGUGUUACAGCAGCCAUCCCCUUCCAGUGUGUGGGCCGCAAGAUCCGCUCGCCUUACGCUUUCACCGGGCCCUUCAAGUCUCCCGCCGUCAACUCCAACGACCCGAAAGCACCAGCUGCGCCUCUACUGAUUACCACUACCCAGCUGGACCCUAUCACUCCAUAUGCGAAUGCUUUCACAGUGCAAAAGGCUCAUCCUGGCUCGGCUGUGGUCGUCCAGGAAGGAGUUGGACACGGAUUCACGGCGAAUCCAAGCAAAUGCAUCCUUGAUAUCAUCCGGGAGUACUUUCACACUGGAAAGGUUCCUGAGAACGGUACUGUCUGUGAGGCAGAGUGCUUCGCAACUAUUCCAGCCAGCAAGUCGAACUGCAGCUCUUUUCUUUGA